AUGGAUCCUAUCACAGCGGUUUCCAUCGCUGGGAAUGCGAUUCAAUUCGUGGAUUUCACUGCCAAACUCAUCUCGAAAGGGGCAGAACUGUACAAGUACAACACACUAUCAGAGCAUGUGGAGUUGAGCCAGGCAGCCGUUCAGUUGCGGAGUUUCAAAUUGCCUCACAAAUUGGACGACCUGCGGUCUCUUCAGACAUCGCUGACCCAAGACCAAUCUUUGCUUUUAUCCCAGCUCGAAGAAGCUUACAGUUAUUGCACGGACUGUGCUGAGCAGAUCAUUGAAGCCGUGGGAAAACUCACCGUGUCGGGAGACCAUAGGAAGUGGAAGAGUUUUCGCCAUGCCUUGUCCAGUGUGAUGGGUGUUUCAAAACUGGACGACGCAAGCCGGCGCUUGUCCAAUGCACGUCAACAGCUGAUGCUGUUCUUGCUGCUCUACAACGACGACAGGCGUGAACGAGCUACUCGUGAACUGAAAGACAUGCAAGCGGAUACAGCAGCAAGCAUCUUAACAGAAUUACAAGGGCUGAAAGACGAACUCCACUCCUACCUCUCCAGUCUUCGUCAUCAACUCGUUGCGCAAGAUCAGUCAUUACGGGGGGCCAUUAUGACCUCAUGGAUACAUCAACACGAGCCUAGUAUGACCCUGGCGGAAGGAAAGGUUGCUGAGGUUUUGCAGGAGCAAACUCGUUUACGAUUCUGCUCGCACCUUCGCUUCCACCAGAUCGAUGAUCGGUACGGCAGCAUAGCACAGGCGCAUGAAAAGACCUUCGAAUGGGUCCUUCAUCCGGACGGUCAACGAUAUGCAUCCUGGCACAAUUUCGCACAGUGGUUGGAAGAGCCUCAGCCGUUGCACAAUAUAUACUGGCAAAGUGGAAAGCCAGGGUCAGGUAAGUCUGUACUAAUGAAAUAUCUCUCGACAUCACCGACGACGUUCCAGCUGCUGUCAAAAUGGCAAUCACAAAAGCACCUGCUGGUGGCCAAAUGUUUCUUCUGGAAUCCAGGGACAGAGUUACAAAAGUCUCUCCAAGGAAUGCUGAGGACACUCUUAUUCCAAAUACUCAUGGAUAAAAGAGUCGAUUGUGCAGUCAUUGAGUACAUUGCUCCGUGGCGGUGGUACGCAUGUCAGAGCUCAAAUUUCGUCCCGGAGGCGUGGUCUGUGCCUGAGCUAACAGCCAUGUUCGAAUCGGCGGUACAACGAAUAGCUGAAUUUGCAAACGUCGUGUUCUUUGUCGAUGGGCUUGAUGAGUUUGGCCGCGAUAAAGUCGAGCGGCAGGAACUUGUCAGGCUUUUCCUGUCGUUGCGAGGCCUGGAAACUGUCAAAGUCUGCGUUUCAAGUAGACCUUGGAAUGUCUUCAUCGAUGCCUUCGAAGGGUUUCCUUGUCUGCGACUGGAAGAUCUGACCCGAGGAGACAUCCUGGGCUUUGUGGAGGCUGAAUGUCAGGAGAGCAAGGCCUUUCGAGAUCUGGAGGCCGUGGACCCAGAGCAGGCCUUAGAUAUCCGGGAAGAGGUCGUCACAAAGUCCUCCGGGGUUUUCCUCUGGGUUUACCUGGUCACUAAGAGGCUCUUGGCUGAGAUGCAGGAUGGCCUGAGGUCGCCGAAAAAGCUCCUCGACGAAAUUCCCGAAGGCCUCGACGAGUACUUUCAAUUCAUGCUCUCCGCCAUCAGCGUACGAGAUCAGGCAAGAGUAUCGAGAAUCCUUCAGCUCGUGAAAGUCAUCCGACCUUCCACUCGGCCAUCGCUUAUGAUACUCUCCUUUACGGACGAGGAGAGUGCCGACUUUGCUCUCCAGGAAGAACCCGAGAGUCUGGAUGCUAUCAGGGCCAGGGUACUAUCGAUGAGACGGCUCUUCCAAAGUCAGUGCAUGGAUUUACUGGAGUACGAAGAGAUUCCACAAGAUGGUUACCCGUGGCAGAAUUCAGCAGUGGACUAUCUGCACCGAACGGUGGAAGAAUUUCUCGGUUCACCUGCGACUCAGAACUUACCCAACAACUACGCCAAUGGCGCAUUCGACACGUCGUGGUACCUCGCAAAUGCCCACCUUAAGCACAUGGUGUUCAUUGACGAGUUUAUCACAAGUCAUCGACAUCGAGUGUCACGGAAAGAAGCACACAAAAUAAUCCAGCACUUCAACGAAUGCGCGCUGCAGAUGAACCGUGUCAAGGGCCGACCUAUCUCAUCCAUUGCAAGAUGUUUCGACAAAGCGGCCGUGAUGGUCUGCGUAAUGCUCGAAAUUAAUCAGUCCCCUUACCGGAAUGAUGCGUUUAGGUGGCCUGUCUAUACUGAGCCAUUGGAUUUUCACCGUGUUCGGUCACACGUGGAAGAUCCUCAUCUAUAUCUGGCAGUGCUAUAUGGUGUGAGUGCGUAUGUUGAGGAAAACCUCAGCAUCAAUGAGAAUCUGCUCAGUCCAAAAUUCUACAUUGAAGCCAUGAUGUCUCGCGCGCAGAGAAUGGGCAAUGAGCUAGAUGUCUCAGUGCUAGUGUUACUUCUGAAGCGUUGCAGAUGCUUCGCAGAUGCUUCGGAGGCUAUGGACCUAUACCGCAGAUAUUUGGCAAUGAUGCGAGCCAGGGUCUGUCCCACUAGCGAAGUCUACAUGGAUUAUGCUGAGGCUACAAAGGCGAUGCUUGAGUUGACAAAAGGGCUGGAACUGACUUCAGAUCAAUCGUCAGACCUGGCUCACACGAUGCUCGACACAUUUGGAUAUGAUACCUUACCGUUGGAAAGGCAGAGAGGUGUUCAGAAACACUUCGACAACGUUCGAAAGACCUGGCGAGUUACCACGCCCAAACGGCCAGGAGCUUUGGGAUUUCUCAAGCUUGGUCAGCGGAUGAGAAGACUGAUCUCACCAUAA